CAUUUCUCAUUUCUCUUCCCACCCUAUAAAUAUCGAUGUGUCAGGCGAUUUGUAGUCCUUUCUAUACCCCUGCGCUUCUCACUCAACUAUAGGAAGCGUAGGCCUCUCUCUGCUUCACAUAAACCUUUGUAUACAUAAGUUAUUAUUUAUCCGAGAGAGAGCGAACGGACCGGAGAGAUCGUCGGAGUUGGGAAUCGUCAUCGGAACGACGUCAUUAGAGGUAAUUGGAGACUGAAGCUUGAGAUGGCUGCUACUGCAACUGCAUCUUCUGCGCGUCCACGUUAUGCACCAGAGGACCCCACCCUUCCCAAACCUUGGAAAGGCCUAGUUGAUGGUAAGACUGGAUAUCUCUAUUUUUGGAAUCCAGAGACCAAUGUUACCCAAUACGAGAGGCCCGUUGCUACUUCUCAUGGGAAUACUACUCCACAACAUAAAUCGUCUGUAUCUGUAAGCUCAUCAGUUCAGAGUUCCUCUCAAAGUCAACGUCCUGACCGUGAUGACAACAGAGGUACCAAUGGUAGCUUGAGCAAGUUUUCAUCUGGAGAGGGUAUUCAGACUGCAAGAGGAAGUGAGCUUUCCCGCGAUGGAACAGCUGCAACCAAAGGCUAUUGUGCUCCAGCUGGUGCAAGUAACAUAUCUCCUGAUGCCUAUCGCAGUCAGCAUGAAAUUUCUGUUACCGGAGGUGAUGUGCCCCCACCUUUCACAUCGUUUGAAGCUACUGGGUUUCCUUCGGAGAUUUUGAGAGAGAUACAUCAAGCUGGGUUUCCUGCUCCUUCCCCUAUACAGGCACAGUCAUGGCCCAUUGCGCUUCAGGGCCGCGACAUAGUAGCUGUUGCAAAGACUGGGUCUGGGAAAACUUUGGGUUUCUUGCUUCCUGGCUUUAUUCUUCUAAAGCAACGUCGGAGUAAUCCUCAAUCAGGGCCAACUAUUUUGGUUCUGUCACCAACAAGAGAGUUAGCCACACAGAUACAAGAUGAAGCUGUGAAGUUUGGUAGAUCUUCAAGGAUAACUUGCACGUGUCUAUAUGGAGGCGCCCCAAAAGGACCUCAGCUGCGAGAUCUGGACAAGGGAGUAGAUAUUGUUGUUGCUACGCCUGGUCGUUUGAAUGAUAUUUUGGAGAUGAGAAGAGUUAGGCUGGAUCAAGUUUCUUACUUGGUGUUAGAUGAAGCGGAUCGUAUGCUGGACAUGGGGUUUGAACCUCAAAUAAGGAAGAUUGUGAAGGAGGUGCCUACGCGGCGACAAACAUUGAUGUUCACUGCUACAUGGCCAAAGGAGGUUCGCAAAAUUGCAGCGGAUCUAUUGGUUGAUCCAGUUCAGGUUAACAUUGGGAAUGUUGAUGAGCUCGUUGCGAACAAAUCUAUAACACAGUACAUUGAAGUCUUAUCAUAUAUGGAGAAACAAAAGCGGCUGGACCAGAUCUUGAGAUCCCAAGAGCCUGGAUCAAAAAUCAUUAUCUUCUGCUCAACAAAGAAAAUGUGUGACCAACUUGCUCGCAAUCUAACGCGCCCAUUUGGAGCUGCUGCAAUUCACGGCGAUAAAUCUCAGGGUGAGAGGGAUCAUGUGUUGAGCCAGUUCCGCACUGGUAGGUCCCCCGUUCUUGUUGCCACUGAUGUUGCUGCUCGGGGCUUGGAUGUCAAAGAUAUCAGGGUGGUGGUCAACUAUGAUUUUCCAACUGGAAUAGAGGAUUAUGUUCACAGAAUAGGAAGAACUGGUCGGGCUGGUGCGACUGGUGAGGCUUACACAUUUUUCUGUGACCAGGAUGCUAAACAUGCUUCAGAUCUUAUUAAAGUAUUAGAAGGAGCGGAUCAGAAAGUGCCUGCUGAACUACGCGAUAUGGCUUCUCGAGGUGGUGGUAUGGGAAGGGCUAGACGUCAAUGGGAUUCUGGCUCAGGUGGCCGUGAAGGAGGACAUGGGGGACGUUAUGAUUCCGGCUAUGGUGGACGAGAUGGCGGAAGGGGUGGUUGGGAAGCCCCAUCAUCGGAAAGAAGUGGGCGUGGUUAUGACUCAGAUUCACGUGACAGUGAUAGAUAUGGUCAAGGCUCUCGUGAUACCGAUGCUCCAACGAGUUUCCAUGCUCGUAGCUUCCAUGAAACUAUGAUGCAGGCUUCACAGAGACGUGAUCGAAGUCGGAGCAGAAGCCCAAAUAAAGGUUCGGGAUGGGGUGAUAGAAAAAGCAGGGAGCGCAGUCGUAGCCGUAGUGCUGAAAGAUCUGACCGGGCUCCUUUUCAAGUCCCAGCAGGAUGCAGUUUCCAUGAAAUCAUGAUGGCUAGAUCAUCCUCAGUAGCCUCAAAGCCCCAAUCACCCCUUUACUCUGAUAACCAAUCUACAUCAGGUGGUGAUUCCAGAGGAAAAGUUGGAGGACCAUAUGAUGAUCGCCAAAAGGGCUGGGAAAGAGAAAGAUCCCCACCUAGAUCGCAGAGUGAUGGGAAAUUUGGCGAUGGACCCAGUGCUUGCAAUGAGGAAGAGGAAGAAGGUUUGAUUCCUGAAGAAGACGAAGCAAGAGCCUAACUUGGCAUGUCUUAUAUCCAGUGUUUUUUGAUGUGUAGUAGCUACCCGUAGGAAUUGCUGGGAAAAAAAGGACCCUUUUUAUUUUUGUUCAACUAUCACCAGCACAAUUUUUGGUAAACAAGGUUCUUGGAUAGAAGCAAGCUUUUAGCGUAUAUUUGAAAGUAGAUAGCUGAAAGUCUGGAAGUGGAAAGUUUUUGACGGGUGUAAAUGUAAACAAUUUGACUGUCAAACUUUGUUUAAUGGUACUAAUGCCAAUCGUGCAUUGCUUAGAAAA